AUGACUCGGGACUACCUGAAUGUCCCGACAACAUCGGGUGCAAGAUCCAAGGGCCAAAGAUCGUUAUUACAUCCACCAACAUAUGAAAGAGUAGACUCCCAAUCUCAGGAUUCAAUAAGUAUAGAUUUCGAUUUGGAUUCUGAAAAUUAUGACUCACAUAACGAUAACGAUACAGAUUUUGACAAUUCUACACAUUAUUCAAGUGAUAUGGAUUUUGAAGAUAUCGAUUCAUUUAUGGAAAGAGGUACAUUACCAGAAUCCCUAAGUAAACUGAAAUAUAUCCAAUAUAAAUUGAACAGAGCAUUAAUACGACCUGUUCAAAAAAAUAUCGUAAAUCCAUUAAAUGAAAUGCAAUUAGUAAUGAAUAAUGAAAUUGAUAGAUAUUUAAAUCGAUUUGGGAACCCUUUGAUCUUAAAAAGAUUCAUAUAUAUUGCUAUUAUGACUAUUAUGCUUUGGGUAAUUGUAUUCUUCGGAGAUUUUGCUACAGGUAUUGCAAAGGGUUCAAAGGGUUCAUUUUCAAGUCAACGAAUAUUAUUUGAUUAUUCUAAAAAAAUAAUAAAUUUGAAAAAAUUUGAAACAGAUAUGGAAUAUUUAUCAAGUAUAUCUCAUGGUUCUGGUACAAAAGGAGACAUAUUAUUAAAGGAUUAUAUUAAAAAAUCAUUUGAAAAACAAGGCUUGGAUGAAGUCUUUGAAAACGAAUUGAAAACAUAUUCAAAUUAUCCAACAAAUUAUUCAACUUUAUCUGUAUUUCAUACGAAUCUAAAGGAAUUGACUACAAUAGAAUUAACGGAAGAAAAUUAUACUCCUUUAACUAUCAAUGGAGAAUUAAAAAAACUAAGUUUAAUUUAUGGUCAUUAUGGCACAGAUGAAGAAUUAAAACAAUUGCAUAAGAUAUCUGUCUUAGGAAAAUAUACAGGCAAUUACAUCUUAUUGGUUAAAUAUAAUAAAGAAAUUAUUGUUAGUGAACAGAUAUUAACCGCACAAAAAUACAACGCCAAAGGGAUUAUAUUCAUCUCACAAGAUUAUAAUGGUAAUAAGGAUGUCUUACAAAUGAAAUCUGCUGGUUUACCACAAUAUGCUACAGGUGAUAUAUUGACUCCAGGUUAUUAUGGAAGUAAAGUCAAUGACAUAAGCCCCGAAGAUUCGAAAUUAUUGACAAAUAUUCCUAUAGUGACCUUAACAAGAAAUCAAGGGGAACAAUUAUUAUCUAAACUUUCCAGAACUGGUCUUCUUUAUAAAGAUGGGAAAUAUAGCGGUAACAUAAAUGAUCUGAGGAUUGAUUUAAAGAGUGAGACUGUUGAAAAGAGAAGACAACCUGUUUAUAAUAUCAUUGGAAGAAUUGAUGGUAGAGAACAAAACGAUAAAGCUAUUAUUAUCGGAUCUGCGAGAUCUGUACAUGGUCCCGGAGCAUCAUACCCUAAUUUUGGCACUGCAACGCUAAUGAAUUUGGUGGAAAUAUUUCAAAACUUAAAGUAUAGAUUUAAUUGGAGACCAUUAAGAACCAUAUACUUUGCAUCCUUUGGUGGUUCGGAGUUCAAUUUUGCUGGUUCGACUGAACAAGUUGAAUUGGAUAUGAUGCCAAUUCAUGAUGGUGUUUACUCAUAUAUUGAUAUCUCACAACUAGGCUUAACAGAUGAAAUUAAUAUUCAAACAAAUCCACUAAUGUCAGCCCUAUUUAAUAUGGAGGCCAAAUAUAUGCGUACAUUUAAUGUCACAACAUGUCCUAUUCAACAAUAUGGUGAUUGGAUCCCAUUUGUUGCUAAUGGUGUCCCAUCAGCAGCGCUUGCUUCACCACCUGUAAAAGAACGGAUGUUACCGAUAGAAACUAUUGAGGAUACAUUCGAAAUGCUCCACGAAUUAUUGGGAGAAAAAGAAAAUCAAGAGAAUGUUAAAGAUAUUAUCUUUUACCUGAUCGAAGUUAUCUUAAAACUGGUUGAUGAUCCUAUCAUCCCUUUUGAUGUCCUAGAUUAUGUCCAAGAAAUAGAUACAUCAGUACAGUCUAUGUUAAAACUUUACAAACACAAGAUUGAUCUGGCGGCUAUGCUGAGAAAUAUACUGAAAUGGAAGAAAACUGGGUAUUCAUGGAACUUAUGGUUAAAUCAUUGGAAAGAUUCAGUUUGGAGAAAAGGUACUAGUUCCGAGAAUGAAGAAAACAGAGAAAAUAGAUUACGUUGGAACGAACAUCUAAGUAAAAUUAACAAACUUAUGUGCGAUGAAUAUGGUCUCCCUAAUAGACAUUUUUAUAAAAAUGUUUUAUUUGGCCCACCACUAUGGAACGAAAAGUUUUUCAAAUCUCAUGAUUAUAACCCAUGGAGUUUUCCAGGGGUCAAAGACGCCAUCAGUACACACGAUUGGAAACUAGCAAAUGAUGAAGUGAAAGUAAUUGGACAAAUGUUUUCGGAUUCGUCGGAAGAGUUCAUGAAGGAUUUGAAGAUUUUAGUUUGA